CUGUUCAUUGAAGAAAAAAAGUCUCUUGCUAGUCAGAGGUCCAUGUCGACGGCUAUCUACAAACUAGGAAAACCCAAGACUACAACUUUGACCUUAAAAAUGUUCUUCCUUUAGCUGCAGUUUCUCCCCCCGAACACUGUAGUUUGGAAGAGAAGGUCGUUAAGAACACGGCUUCAUGCUCUGCUGCAUCUGUUUGAAGAACACGAUCUGAGGUUACCUCCUCCUGGUUUCAUUGCUCGAGCGAAGUUAAUCCUAAGCUGGGCAAACUGAUAUGGCUUCUAGGCGAAAUGUUCCUUACAGUCCUCUUCCUGUUGAUGAAUAUGAUGGUACCAGUGGAAGGAAGCAUGAUCCCAGGUUUGAUUACAACCCGAGAUCCUUCGACCAAAAAAUACCGUGGAAAUCCAUCGCUCUUGCACUCUUUUUACUGUGUCUCGGUUCACUGCUUCUCUUUCUUUCGGUGUUUAUUUUGACGGGCCACAUGGGCGGGGAGAAGUCGCAGGGAUACGGGCUUUUAGCCCUCGGAGUUUUGACGUUUCUACCUGGCUUUUAUGAGACGAGGAUUGCAUAUUAUUCGUGGAGGGGAGUGGAAGGCUACCGUUUUGCUGCAAUUCCUGAUUACUGAAGUAGGUUCUUCUAAAUUCCUAUUGUACUGACGGGCCUCAGGAUGUCCGAGUUAUAGCUGUACAGAACUCGUUGAGUUGAUUUCCUAUUAUACCGAUGGGCUUCGAGAUGUCUGAGUGAUAGCUGUACAGAACUAGUUUGUCUUUUUCCGGAAUCUCGAGAAUGAAAUUUAUCCAUUUUGGAUGCAAUCCCAAGAACUGAAGAUGCUGAUGAAUAUGACAGCUGAUUUUGA